AUGAAGUUCACUCCUUUCGUCAUCAAUUGCUUGGAGUAUGUGUGGUCUGCAACUGAUUUUUUUUUGCCGUUUAUUUGUUUUGUCCUUUCUUUUUUAAAAAGUGUCCCACCAAAGGGCAUGCCAAUAAUCUACCCUUCGUGGUCGCACGUCUUUCUUUUUUUUUUUUUGACAUCCAAUCUCAUUUCCUCCAUUACAGUGCCGUUGUAA